GGGAGACGGCCCAGACGUGGUCCCCUCGCGUCCAGCUCGCCCCCGGGAAGAGGCUCAGAAGCCCCGCCUACGUCCAGGCAUGUUCUCCUGGGCCGAGUCCCAGGGGCCGCGGCGGUCAUGUGACCCGAAAGUGUGACGUAGGAGGAAGGAGACGCCAUUAGAGGGAGGCGGAAAGGGAGUGCUGUUCGCCUUUCCUCGGGUGCCUGACGUGGUGGCUGGGGCCCUUCAUUCUCGGACUUUCCCUCGGCCUUUCCAGGCCUCGCCCGGAGGCGGGAGUGGAGACGGCGCCCGGGGCUGGCAGCUCCGGUGCGGAGGGGCUGCGCCGGCCGCGGCUGUGAAGGCGCUGCGGCGGCUGUGGAGAGCUCGGCGCGGCUCUAGGGCUCCGGCGGCGGGGACGCGACGGGAUGGCUGCGGCCGGCGGCGGCGGGGCGGCGGCCGGGCGAGCCUACUCGUUCAAGGUGGUGCUGCUGGGGGAAGGCUGCGUGGGAAAGACGUCGCUGGUGCUGCGCUACUGCGAAAACAAGUUCAACGACAAGCACAUCACCACUCUGCAGGCAUCAUUCUUAACAAAGAAGUUAAAUAUUGGUGGGAAAAGAGUAAAUCUUGCUAUAUGGGAUACAGCAGGUCAAGAGAGAUUCCAUGCAUUGGGUCCAAUUUACUACAGAGAUUCAAAUGGAGCUAUUUUAGUUUAUGAUAUAACAGAUGAAGAUUCGUUUCAGAAGGUUAAAAACUGGGUCAAAGAAUUACGGAAAAUGUUGGGAAAUGAAAUCUGUUUAUGUAUAGUUGGUAAUAAAAUAGACUUGGAGAAGGAGAGACAUGUUUCCAUUCAAGAAGCAGAAUCGUAUGCAGAAUCUGUGGGAGCGAAACAUUAUCAUACUUCAGCCAAACAGAACAAAGGAAUUGAGGAACUUUUUCUUGACCUUUGUAAAAGGAUGAUAGAAACGGCACAAGUGGAUGAAAGGGCAAAAGGCAAUGGCUCCAGUCAACCAGGAGCUGCAAGGCGAGGUGUACAAAUUAUUGAUGAUGAACCUCAAGCCCAGAGCGGUGGCGGAGGGUGCUGUUCUUCUGGAUAACUGUUCACCCCUAAGGAAUAAAAUAACAAACUGUGGAUCCUUGCCCUCAACACAAAGACUGCCAUAUUCCAAGUCACAUUAUUUUACCAAUGGAAUUAGAGAGUUAACAGUAUUUUAAAUUACGUUUAUAACACUGCAGAGACCUUAAGUGCUAAACUUAGUGGGGUUCGUGACCAGAGAAUUGGCAUUUUCUACACAUGUUAACAAAGCAGUUACCAAUGGCCUUUUUACAUAUUUUUUUUCUUUAACAAGGAGUAAUAUGCAUGUAGAAAAGACCUACUUAAAGGCUUCAUUUAUAUUCUUUUAAAUCAAAUCUUUAUUUAAUAACUUAUAUAUGUUGUUGGAACGGUAUACAUUUUUGCAGUCCUUUGUAUUUUGUGGUAGUUUGAAUUGUAUCACUUCUAAACAGCAAACUGUUUUUCUUUUUUUUAAAAUUAGCAGAUACCUGAAGUACUAUUUUUGCAGGGUUUGCACAGGCCCCUAACUGUCUACUACACUUUGAUAUAAUCUAUAUUCAUCCUGUAUGCUGAGCUGAUAAAAUACAUUGUAAAUUACAUAUUAAAUAUUUUAUCUGCUUUUACAAGCGCAAGGUGCAAAAAUAUAUACAGUAGUCUCAUUGAUGACUGUAAAGUGAAUUAACAUUUGGUGAUAAUGUCUAAGCUUUUUGACUCUGAUCAUAGCUCCCCUUCACUUUUGUCUUAACUUGAAAGUGGCGUGUUUAAAUUUUCUCAUAUACUUUACUUGAAUUAUUGCUGUUGUCACAUUUUUUGCCUCUGUAAAUCCAUCUAAUGAUUGAGCGACAGCAUUUGCCUUUUGGUUUGGGUGGGGUUUUUUUUGUUCUUUUGUGGGGGGUUUUUUUGUUUGUUUUUUGUUUUCUGGGUUUUUUGUUUGGAUAAAAGAGAUGACUUCUGCUCAUUUUGCUUUAGAAUGGUUACCUUAGAAGUAUUUGAGUGGAGCAUGCUGAGUUUCACUGCUGCAAGGCUUUAGUUUUCUCUUAGGCUUUAUGUGAGAUGGACUCAUUGGUAGGAGAAGAGAGGAAGAAGUCCCAGAUAGUAGCCACUCACCAAGACUCAUUCAUACAGCAUGUUAGUGGUAGCUUCUCCUCCACAGGCAGCACUUUUAGAUCCUUUGUGAGCAAGCUGUUUCUGGUCACUGCUUGCCAGAGAUGAACACAGAAAGCUUUGUUUCAUUUUAUAAGAGCUAUCCUUCUGAGUUUCUUUGAAGGGAAACAUUUCAUGUAAUGAAGUUAUAGCGAACACUGGAAAGAUUUAUUAUAAAAUUAUAUUCUUGUAUACUUUGUAAAUUAGUCUCUCAUUAAGUUUUUUUUUUCUUUCUUUCUUUAAGCAUAGGACUGAUAGAAUAGAAUCAGGCACUGCUCAUAGAAGGAACACAAAUUGUGGAAAUUAACAAAUUGUUCUUGUGCUAAUAUAUAUAUUUUUCCAUUUCUGUCAUGCUUGGAAAACUAGUAAAUGUUAUGUCUAAGAUAAAAUGGAAUGGUCCCUGGAUUUACUUCUUAUAAGAUGCAGUAGUAUACAAUAAAGUUGUUAGCAUGAACAAUUAAAAGAAUAUAAUGAGGUUAUAGUUACUAAAGAAGUAACUUUCCCAGAUGGGUUAAAGUUGAAUAAAUUGACACCUUGAUGUUAUGAUAUUAGAAUUUUAACUUAGUAUUAAGUAUUCUAUAAGGCCUCAUUUUACCUUCCUUAAUUAUUGUCCUUGUCAAACUCAACACACUGCUUCUCCACUGUGUGUGUUUAGGGAGGGCGGAGUGGAAAGAGUCUUCAGGAAGAUAAGCUAAAAUUGUCUGUGUAGUCUCUUGGUUUCCUGUGAAGUUACUGUUUAUGCAGGAGGUGGAGGGAGGCAGGGGAAAUCAUGAGUACAGAUAAAAGAAAAAAUUGUUUUUGCCCUCCUGGUUCUUUCAGUGGUAGUAAAGAAAGCCUUGUCAUUUCUACUGUUGUAGAUGUAGAUGGGAAAGAAUCUCUUCUCCAUUGGAGUGAAGUAUGUUUUUAAAACUAAUUAGACAUGAAAUUGAGCUUUAUUCCAAAAAAUAAAAUCAUAAAGCCUGAUAAUUGGAGAGUUGUACUCUCGAUUUUUGACCCUAUAUUAAUGAUAUAAAAGUCCAGAUAGAAACCUCUGCUCCAGAGUUGCCAGAUAAUUAUUGAUAUGGUACAACCACUCUCGAUGUUUUGUUUUAUUUAUUUAUUUUUUCUUUACUCUUCUUUGGUUUCUGUGUACCUUUCUUUUUCUUUGCGGUACGCAGGCCUCUCACUGUUGUGGUCUCUCCCAUUGCGAAGCACAGGCUCCGGACGCGCAGGCUCAGCGGCCAUGGCUCACGGGCCCAGCCGCUCCGCAGCAUGUGGGAUCUCAUGGACCGGGGCACGAACCCGCGUCCCCUGCAUGGGCAGGUGGACUCUCGACCACUGCACCACCAGGGAAGCCCUCUAUGUACCCUUCUUCACCUUAAGCAUUUCAUUCUUCUUUUUUAACCUGUAAUUUAAACUAAUUCAGUAGCAACAAUAGAUAAUAUGUAUACCUGACCUUGCUCUGAAGCCUAGAAGGUCUUUAGAUAGGAAUAGGGUGAAAGGGUAAUGAAAGAGGACCAAUCAAUUGCAGCAUGUAUACAAAGGAAAGAUAAAUGAUAAACCAAGGCUGAGGAAGUUUUUCUGAUACUUUCUUCACCUUUCUAAUACCUAUCUUUUGUGUUCCUGUCCUUAUAAUUGUGCUAUUAGGAAGAAGACACAAGUUAUCGUGUUGUGUAUUAAAAGUAGUAGGUAGAUAGAACCAAUAUAUUUUUCAACUAGUAAGUGUAUACUCUUCGUAUAUAUAAUUAAAAAUUGGUUUAAGUAGUCAUUAGGAAGGUAUCUGAAUAUUUAAAGUAUACAAUCACUGUUUCUGUAAUGAUGCGUAUUCUGCUUCUUGUUUUACAUUGUGAUUAUAGAGGAAGAUUAUUGUUUUUAAAUAUAUUGCAACAAUUUUGGGGUAAACAGUAAUCUGAAAAGAAACAAGCAUCACAUUACCAUAUGAAAUAUGAGUGUUUGAAUUUCUUUUCUUCUGGGGUUAUCUCCUGAAAAUAGCCUAAAGCUGUGGCUGUUACAGCUAAAUUGAAAUCUUAUAAAAAAUAUUAGCCAUAUAUUAUUAGUGAUUACUUUUUAUUUGGCAUUAAAAUAACAGAAGAAUGAUAUUUCAUUUUUAGAUUUUCAGUAAGAAAAAGUAAAAUUUGAGAAAUAGACAAGGAGGGUAGUAAGAAAUAGAAUGAAAGGUAGAUAGGAAAUUCUACAACCUGACAAUUUUUAAAAUCAUUUUAAAUACUACAUUACUUUUAUCAGAUGGUUUCUAAAUAAGGCAAGUUAUGCAUUGUGCCAAAUAUUUAGAACAUUAAAAAAAUGAAUUGUUAUACUGUUUAUUUCUUUUAAUACAUAAUUUGCAAUUUUCUAUAUUAUAAAUGCUACCAGGGGUCUAGAUCAUUGAUCUUAUAUUAUUUUCAGAUAAUAUAACUUACAUUUAUAAUUA